AACUCAAGACCCAUUGGCCAUUGUCCCUUUUUUCCCAUAACUUUGUAUCACUAUUUUUUAUACUAUACAUAUAUACGUACUAAUAUAUAUAGGUAUAUGGAGUUGACGGACGGCGUCAUACUUUUGCUAGCCGCCGUGUUCAUAUGCCUGUGGUGGCGUUACUGGUCCGUCACCGGCGGCGGUCGGAAGAACCUGCCCCCGGGCCCACCCGGCUGGCCGCUGGUCGGGAAUCUGUUCCAGGUUGUUCUCCAACGCCGACCCUUCAUCUACGUAGUACGUGAUUUACGUAAACAGUACGGUCCCAUUUUUACCAUGCAAAUGGGACAAAGAACUCUUAUUAUCAUCACCAGCUCCGAGCUCAUCCAUGAAGCCCUAGUCCAGCAAGGCCCUGUCUUCGCCAGCCGCCCGGCGGAUUCCCCCAUCCGGCUCAUCUUCAGCAUGGGGAAAUGCGCCAUCAACUCCGCCGCGUACGGCCCGCUGUGGCGGGCCCUCCGCCGGAACUUCGUGACGGAGCUCAUAAACCCUACAAGAAUCAAGCAGUGCAGCUGGAUACGUAAGUGGGCCAUGGAGAAUCACAUGGAGAGGCUGAGGAGUGAAGCUUCUAGAAACGGGUUCGUCGAGGUUAUGGCCAACUGCCGGCUCAGCAUUUGUAGCAUCCUUAUAUGUCUCUGUUUUGGAGCGAAAAUCUCGGAGGAAAGGAUCAAGAAGAUAGAGAAUAUUCUCAAAGACGUGAUGCUCGUCACGGCGCCGCAGUUGCCGGACUUCUUGCCGAUGCUGACACCGCUGUUCCGGCGUCAGGUGAAGCGGGCGAAGGAGCUGAGGAAGACUCAGCUCGAGUGCUUGAUUCCUUUGGUGAGAGCAAGGAGGGAGUUUGUGGAGAAAGGGCCGGAUUGUAAUAACCCGGAAAUGGUGAGCCCGGUCGGGGCAGCUUAUAUAGACUCCUUGUUCCGGCUCGAACCGUCGGGCCGGAAACUCGGAGAGGAGGAAAUAGUGACGCUCGUCUCGGAAACGAUCAGUGCCGGGACCGACACGAGCGCCACCGCGUUAGAAUGGGCUUUGCUUCAUCUUGUAAUGGACCAAACCAUCCAAGAAAAGCUUUACCGAGAAAUCGUUGACUUGGUCGGGGAAACCGGGGUUAUCACAGAGGAAGACGUGGAAAAAAUGCCCUAUCUCACCGCCAUCGUCAAAGAGACUUUCCGGCGACACCCUCCGAGCCACUUCGUCCUAUCACACGCCGCCACGAAGGACACUCAGCUCGGAGGCUACACGGUCCCUUCCGACGCUUACGUGGAAUUCUACACCGCAUGGUUGACGGAGGACCCGAGUGUGUGGAAAGAUCCGGGCGAGUUCCGGCCGGAGAGGUUCUUGGACGGCGACGGCGUCGACGUGGACAUCACCGGAAUGAGGGGGGUGAAGAUGUUGCCUUUUGGGGCGGGUAGGCGGAUCUGUCCGGCGUGGUCGUUGGGUACGUUGCACGUUAACAUGAUGCUGGCUAAGAUGGUCCAAGCAUUCAAAUGGGUCCCGGUCCCGGGUAGCCCGCCCGACCCGACAGAGACAUUUGCUUUCACCGUUGUGAUGAAGAAUCCGUUGAAAGCAGUUAUUCUCCCUAGAGCAAGAAUUUGAUUUAAUGAUUUAAAUAAAAUAUAUACAUAUAUAUAUAUAUAUAGUCCGAUCGUAUUCAAGAAGCUAGCAUUAUAUAUUGAAUUCAAUGGCAAAGUGAUGUAAUAUUUAUGUAACAGAAAUGGUAAUGAAACAUUUUUGUCAUGCUUCAUUCAAUUGUUUUGUUUCCAUUACAUGUGGG